AUGGGAAAAGACAAAGAGAAAGUUACUUUCACAAUUAUGCAGCUAGCUAGCUUUGUUCCAAGUCCCGACGCAAAACCGAAGCCUGUCAUUGUCUACAUUCACGGGGGGAUGUUUGCCUGGGGGAGUGGAAAUUUGGUUGAUGGCACCGUAUUCGCGGCCUACUCGGACGUCGUCUUUGUCUCGAUUAACUAUCGCCUAGGUAUUCUAGGUUUUUUGAAUUUGAACGACUCACCGUCCUCGAAACCUCGUGUGGCCAACUACGGUCUGAUGGACCAGAUCGCGGCGCUGCACUGGAUAAAGGAAAACAUCCCACGGUUUGGCGGAGAUCCGGACAAUAUCACGCUCAUGGGUUGGGAAGCUGGUGCAGCUUGUAUAAAUUUCCUUAUGUCUUCACCCACCACAUCGCCCGGCUUAUUCCAUCGCGCCAUCUUAAUCGCCGGGUCGUCACAUUCCCCCUGGGCGCUGAUACAAGAACCACGUGGCGGGACAAAGUGUCCCGGCAGCUUUGAAUUGUUUAACACAAAAUAA